AUGAUGAAAGCAUCUAUUGCUCAUGGUGGAUCUAGGAGAAAGACACAUGAUACGUUCUCACCAGAGGGUACCGAUGACACAGAGUGCGAUGAAUCGAGUAAUGAAAGUGAAUUAAUUGGUGAAACUAGUGAUGUAGACAACAAUGAAAAUGAAAUUAAGGCAAUAGAUAGUCCGGCAGUGCAAAGUGUAUGGUUUAGUGUCAUUUCAAAUGAAAGAAAGUUUUCGUUUUCUGGAAAGAAAGAACUGUCAAUCGCUCCUAACCCUUUUCAUGAAGGGAAAAUCUGGCCUAUUGUUGUGUGCUCUCUUUUUUUGACCGAGGCAAACAUUGAAUUGAUUGUUCGUGAAACAGAUGAUUACGCAGAUUAUUUGCGAGCAUAA